UUCAAUUUAGUGUAACUGCAAAUAAAGUAUAAUAAAAUCUGAGUGAAAACAGAUUUUAAUGAAAAUACAUUGUAGGUUUGGCUAAAUUUUGUUAUUAUAAGUCUAUCCGCUUAAGAUACAAGAUGUUUGUCCUUAUAUGAAUGAAAUAAAGACCUGGACUUUGUUGCAGCCAGCUGCAUUCUUUGCAUAAUUGUUGUGAAGGAGGGAGGAAGGAAGGAAAGGGGAGGAAACUGCGCUGACAGAGGAGCGGCUGCAGAUCCAGACUGCGUAAAGUUAACAGACAAAAGGGAGGAAGCAUGAUUACGCUUUCAAAUCUGAACACAUUUCUAUUUUCCUGUAACCAUUUUUGUUUGUUAGUAAACAAACAAGUAUUGUGUUGAUGCCGUCAGAUUUUUUUGUUUUGUUCUUAAGGGGCGUUUUUUCCUCUUUAAAGUUUUUUUUUUCAUGCCACGUUCGUUUGAGAUUACGCAUGUGACGGGCUGACCUCAGCCAUCCUCCUCCUCCUCGCAGUCCCCCGCAGCCGUCAGCCUGACAGCAGGCCAAACUGCAAACUUCCGAAACUUUCCCGUGUCUUGUCUCUUGUUCUGUGUCAGUCGUGUUUCCCGCGGCCUUGGCUGCCUCCGUGCCCCGCGAAGCCCCGCCGGCCCACCCCGGCAUGCGCGGCCGACGCCGGAGGAAUGGCAUCGGCGGUGUUUGAGGGCACGUCGCUGGUCAACAUGUUCGUGCGGGACUGCUGGGUGAACGGCAUCCGCAGACUCAUCAUCAGCCAGCGCGGGGAGGAAGAGGACUUCUUCGAGAUCAGGACCGAGUGGUCGGACAGGAACAUCCUAUACUUGCAUCGCAGUUACGCUGACCUGGGGCGGCUGUUCCGGAGGCUGCUGGAGUCCUUCCCCGAGGACGGAGGGGAGCUGUCCAGAAGCCCGCUGAUAGAAGGGCUAGUCAAAAUCAAAGAAGCACACGACAUUGAGGAAAAGCUGAAUGAGGUGGAGAGACUGCUGAAGAACGCCAUCAAUAUGCCGUGCAAGUAUUCCAGGUCAGAGGUGAUGCUGACUUUCUUUGAACGAUCGCCGCUGGACCAGGUGCUGAGGAAUGACAAAGUCCACAGAAUCCAGCCCUGCUUUCAGAGUCCCAUCAAGAUAUCAGAAAUCAUGCGCUCCAACGGCUUUUGUCUGGCCAACACCGAAACGAUAGUAUUUGAUCACAGCGUCCCUGAUGAGAAAGAAAGACCGUCAUCCACAGACUCUGUAGAACACACGUAUGAAGACGGCACAGAGCUUUUGCCGUUAGAUGAAGAAGAAUUGGUCAAUGAGGACACAGAAGCGUAUGUCACCAACCUGUCCUACUACCACCUGGUCCCCUUUGAGACCGACAUCCUGGAGUGAAAGCUGGAAAAGACUUAAGGAAAUCUGCUCGAACGGACGGAACUAUGCGAUGCUGCUGCUGCUUUUUCUUGCAGCCUCCUAAGGUUUUUUUUUUAUGUGCACCAAAACAACAAUGGAAUGCAAUAAUACCAUCUCUUCAUUUACUCUGUGUUUUCACCAAAGACUUUUUUAUUCGGUGAGUUUGCCAGGAAUUCCUUGGGAACCUGUGGUUAGGAGAAUCGCUCCAGACGAGGGAAGGAGGACUCAUCAGCUGCGCUUUUAGAGACAAGUUUCAGUUAUUGGACCAUCACUUUAGCAUCACAUGAUUAACCCUUUUUUGAUCAAGUGUUUCUUUUUUUUUUUGGGCUGAUUACGGAUGUGUUUGCUGAGUUGCUUCUGCAGACCACAUCCUGAACUGUUUCCCUCCCUGCAGAAAAAAACGUGUUUGUCUUCCGACUUUGUGGUGCACUUUAUACCAGCAUUCAGUUUCAGACUGUGUACCAGCCUUAAAGUCCCACUUUGUCCAUUUAUUGAUCUAUUUUCAAAGUGUUUCUAGUGGUUUUUUACUUAUGAUGAUGCCGUUUUUAGCAAAAAUCCAAAAACCUGUGUCGUUUUCGAAGACAUAAUUUCUUCAAAGUGGCAGCAGUUCUUUAGAAAUUCACCUCUGAGUUGUGGGCAGGACAACUCAGAGUCUUAAGUCUCAUUUUCCUUCAUCCCUUUGUUUACACUCUUUCCUGCUAUCUUACAGCCCCUCACACCCCCAACCUAACUUUAGUGGUGCAACAAAAAUUGCGAGCAAUAUCAGCGCUUUCCAUCCGUACAGAUGGAGCCAGAUUCCAGCUCAGAUGAGGAAAGCGAAGAAAUUCAUGGAUCUAUUUAUCUGCAAUGGAUGCAUCAGUAACUUGUGGCCCACCUAGCAUGUUUUUUACAUCACAACUAAGCUCUUUUUUCAAUGGCAUUCAACAAUUUGAAUAAAAUAUACUCAUAAAUGCAUAUUUACGCUUAUUUUUCUUAAUAUAUGUCCUCCAUCAUUGGCAAAAUGCUGCAGGAACCUGUUAAAAACACCAAAAACACAGUGGGUUUAAAUUCUUUGUAUUUGGCAUGUAAAUGCUACAAAAACCACAUUUUAUCAAGUAAACGUGUCUGAUUUACAAUCAAAAAAUUUGUUUUUGACACAAUGAGAUAAUGGAAAGGAUCUUACUGGGGUUAUAUGUGUUUUUUUAACAUUAAGUUUAACUUUUUAUUUGUAAUUAGCAAAAAGAAAAUCUUCCAAAGCAAUCAUAUUAUUAGUUAGAAAUUUUGUUUAAUAUAAUUGAGAACUUUUGCUGUGAAACUAAUGGGAACUUUUACAACACAUGUGGUGAACAAAACCAUCUUUAAACGUAAAAAAAUAACCUAUAUUUAAUAUAUAAGCUGUAGUUUUUUACGCUAACUAGAGUAUUAUUUAUGUCGUUUAUGGUCUUUCUGCCUCACUUGGUUAUUUGAACAAAUAUACCGCUUGUUUUUCCAGAUGAAUGAAACAAUGCUUUUAAGUUUUAUAACUUAAUGCCAUAGAUUAAAGUUAAGUUAGAUUUGAUUCUAAUCUAACUGUAACAACCCUCUUGAUAAAUAAUAGGGUUGAAACCAUUUCCAGCUGAGGAGUGACAAAAUGUGGAAUGAAAAGCUCUGUUUUAUGUUUGUGCUGAGGUCAUUCUGGUCCAAAAAGAUGUCAUGAGUGGGAUCAGAGCAACAAAUCCCCUCUUUAUCUGAAAAAGACAAAUGACUUUGCUGUACUACUAAAUUGCCUGAAAAAAAGCAAACGCUUGAUUUGAAAUGAAGGCCUGCAUGUAUGCAAUGCAAGUGUUUGAAACACAUGUUUGUGUAGGGCUGACUGUUGUUGUUGGGUGAGUUUUGUCUUCUCAGAAGGUCUUUCAAAUGUAGGCUAACAGCUUGAGUCCAGGUCCCUACUCCGCUGGAUAAAAAGGCAUUCAGUGCUUCACAAACUUGGCCUGUGAGCCUUCGGCGCGCCUCCAAAUGGGUCUAUUUAGCAGCACAGUCAUGAUCACUAUGCACACCGUGAGAAAGUCCCGCUCUUUCACUCUUUUUUUUUGGGUCAGUUAGACGUAUUUUGUUUAUAUUUUGUUGGUGAAAAUGAAUAAAGAAUUAUGAGAAAAAACUAGAUUUUAUUCUGUCAUUCAGCAAACUAUAAUAAUAAAAAAGACUUUUGAGCACAAAAUCUUGUGGAAAAGUAGCUCCUCAGAAUUAAAACCAAUGAUUUAAUUGUAAAUCUGCUUAUAAACCUUAUUUUUAUUAAAAAACAAAACAUAAGAAACAGUUGGAUCUUGUAGACCCUUGUCUGUCUUACACCUCUUUUAUGAACUGUUGGAUUUAUUUAACUACAUGUCUGUAAAUUAUAUUCAUUCUGGUACUUAACCAGUUCGUUGUUAAAUGUAUAGUACAUAUCAAUAGAUGCCCUAUUGUGCCAGCUGCAGCGCUUUGAGGCUCUCAAGAGCACAGAAAGCCUGACAUAAUAGAAAAUAAUAUUUGAGUAACGUUUUAUUUGUCAUUUUAACUGUCAAGUCUUUAAAAAUGUUUAUUGCUUUGUAUAAGUGAGGAUUAGCUGAUGGCAAAAAUGAAGGAGUGUUUGAUGCAAGGUGAUGCUUCAUAAAAUAAACGAUUUGUUUUGCAAUAAAAA